AUGUCGGGACGCGGAAGGGGACGCAAAGCUGCUGCCUUGGCGGAGUUGCUACUCACGCUAGCAGGGACACCCGGCAAGAAGAAGAGGAAGACUGCAGCGCAGUGCUUUCUUUGCCAAAAGCUUGGCCACGUCGCCAAGCACUGCAGCGGAGCAGUUGCGUGCUUGAAGUGUGCGCAAGCACACGACACACGCGACUGCAAAAAGCAGAAGGACGCCCCCUGUACCUGCGCCAACUGCGCCGGCGCACAUACGGCCAACGCUCGUUCCUGCGCCUACAGAAGAAAUUGGCGCGGGCCGGAGAAGAAGACGCAGAAGCAAGUGACCACCACACACGAAGAGGUGGUCACUUGCACGGAAGACGUCGUCACCAGGCGCCUUAACGACGUCGUACAAGAAGCCAUGUCCGCCUUCAAAUCUGCCAUGGCGGAAGAGAGGGCGGCCAUGCUGGCGGAACUGGGCGAGGCUCGGCGUCAGAUUGCUGUGCUGACGCAGGAGCUUCGCUCAGCCAAAGAAGUUCCCGCCACAACCGAAGACACCGCCACCCAGACGACUCCUUCACGUGAGAAGGAGUUCGCGACGGUGGCCACGCAGACCGACGAGCCUGCCGAAGGGGAGGCGACACAGCACAAGAAGGACACCGAAGCAGCAGCGCAAGAAGAGGAGUGGGAAGAAGCUCCACUCCUCCCGCUCCCGGAUAUGUACAGCGCAAGCGCUGUAACGAAGAAGAUCGCUGGGUCGCUUCGCGAUGGCACAUAA